ACGCAACAGUACACGAUACCAUACACUUUACGCUUCCGGAAGACCUUGUGGUUGGCCGGUGCCUUACAGUCCCAUGCAGCAGUACCUGGUUUUGAUUAUAUUUACCGGUAUGUACCAGAUGUAUACAAUACAUAUCUUGUAUGAUACGCUGUUAUUACACCACGCUCAAGCCACAUCCCCUGAUGGGGGCUGGUGCAAGUUCCUACAACAGCACAUGAUUGGUUUAUGGUGUCCCCACAAUUACAAUUCAACACUUGUUCAAUUCAGCGAACAUACUCUGGAGUACUCACCGUGCACAGUAUGAAGUGUAGAGAAUAGAACCAGAGUGAGGAUUGUGCCUGCAUUGUAUUUUAAGGUAU